GGCAUUACCUGGUAUCUACGGAACCUCGACGUCGGGCAUUCGGUUUCUACCUCCUAUCUACCUGUGAACAAGAGAAACAAUGAUAGCAUAGCAUGUCUGGUUUCUGGGAAACCCCUUAGAUACCAGUACCAUGGACUGGCCGUGUCCAACGCGUUCCGCGGUCCGCUACUACCGGACUGGCCAUCGGGGCGAGAAUUGAUCCAACGCAAUGAUGAUACCCUAUGCGAACCAGGGUCCACCGUUCCCAGCCUUCCGCCCUCCGGAGAUUCCCCUUAGCUUUCUUUAUACGGAGUAUCCUCCGUGCUGGGAGGCUUUAGCCCCCCGAGUGGGGAACGAUUGGAGGUGGUCUGUGGCCAUCUGUGUGUAUGUGUGUGUGUGUGUGUGUAUACCUCUGGAAAAACGAGAUAAACAGACUGUCGUGUACUUGCUGGAAAGCAGCCCGACAGAUGCCACUUAUACUAUUGCCAACUAAGCAACCACACGGUCUUCGCGACGUGAAUUUCCUCCGUCUUCUCGGCACGCAGACCGACGGACUUUCGGCACGUGGACUAGGUUGGCAGGUCCAAACUGGUGUCGAAUCAUGGCUCAACCUGCAGUUCCGCUCCGUUCAGGCUCGCUCCAAACUCUUUUUUCUCACAACGUCUAUAAUGGAGAACCGACGGCCAUCCUCCGUAAUCUUACUUCGUCACAGGGGCCGAGGUAUAUCAGGCCUUGCCUAUCAUUGAGCAGUCAGGAGGAGAGAGAUCUUGCUCUUUGGUGGCCCAACUCUGCAGAGUUCUGUGGGCCCCUUUUCAUUUUUUUUUUUUUUUUUUAACUGUUGCCUCUGGUCACUCACUCCAAUCAUGGCAGUCUGUUUGGAAUGCUUUCUCCUGAAUGACGGAAUACUUCCUUUUAUACCGUAGUAGAUAUUUUUAUCCUUUUAUUUUUGUGUGCGUGGAUGUGUGUGUCUCUGUGAGUGUGUUUUGGCUGCCGUCCUGCUUCCAAUAAUCAUCACAAUCACAUUUCCGAGCGUUAUUUUUUAUUUAUCAUUAUCAUUGACUGUCAUUUUUUGUCUCCCCCUCGGGCGUUGGAGCAGGCGUCUGUCCACAACUCCGUCCAUACCCAGCCUUACCUCUACUGGCGCUUGGUCUCCGUUUGUGGGCCCAUCGGAGGGGGUUGUUCUUGAGCUUCCCUUCAUCAUUGUGGAGGUGAAGAAGUACCCGUAUGGGAGAUCUUUCUGGGUCGGGUCACUGCUUUGCCAAUCAUGCUGGUCGCCUGCUCUGCUUGACUGGGGACUCCUGUCUCGUCUAUUCUUGCCCUCGCAAGAUAGCCUUGCAGAAACUAGGUUAUUAUUUCUUUUAAACCACCUCUCCUUUCUUUUUAAUAUCUCGAUUUCAUUUAUUUUAUAUUUUAUUUCGACCCUUCUCUUUUAAACCCUCUUUGACGCGCAUUAGAUCCCGACAGGUGAAGCCAUAUCCUGUUCCGGAUUGGGUUUUAUGCUCCUCGUUCCCUUUCCUGAAUUCUGCACCACUAUUAGUACAAUUUAUUCCUGAAUUACAAUCUACCUCAGGGCCGCAAGACGCCAAUCUCGUUUGAGAAAUAAUCCGUUAACAACGGUAUCCACCUUGUUUGACAGCCCUCGUCCGAUUCAGCUUCGGCCACUGCGGCUGGUCUGUUGUUGGUGUCUUGAACUUUCGAUAUUCAGUGGGAGAAGCUUAUUCUGAGUUUGCCUCUCUCAUAUAAGCCCGAGGAGUAGCUGGUACUCCCUCAUCCUAUGUUAAAUUGGCUUGCCUUUGGACAUCGCCAUUCGUCUCGCGUCCUGGACUUUGCUGUUCUGAACCUUCCACUACCUAACCUCUGGAACGGCACGCGUCUAAGAUCUACUAAAGACGACAAUCGUUGCUCUGAGGCUAUUGGUAUUGCUGUGUGAAGGAAACCCACACCCUGCAGGCGCCGUCCUGUCGAGAUGCUCCCAUCUCCGGUGAGAGUCGAAACCGCAGUGUCUGCUGCAGAUCCUUCGGGGAUGUCCAGUCGUCCACGCUACCUCUGGGAGGAAAUGCCAGUUACCAGAGCCGACACUCGAAAUCUUGGGAUUGCACUGGAAGUGCCUCUGUCUUACACAAGACCGGAGAAAUUAAAUGAAUCCCUUCUUACUGCGCCUCGGGGCCCAAUGCCAUCCGCUAUCUCGUCAGAAUUUGCCCAAGAACAAAACAAGGACGAGAACAGAACCCAUGGGAUUAAGAAUGAACCAGCCGGGUCGACCACAGUAUCGGAUGACAUAAAGGAGCAUUUGGAGACAGGAAAACCGUCCGCUGAGGGGAAAACGGAGAAGAGGAAAAUGAAGCGAUUUCGUCUUACCCACAACCAGACACGCUUUUUGAUGAGCGAGUUUACGCGUCAAGCGCACCCCGACGCUGCGCAUCGAGAAAGAUUGUCGAGAGAAAUACCUGGCUUGAGUCCGCGUCAGGUGCAGGUAUGGUUCCAGAACAGGCGAGCGAAACUUAAGCGUCUCACGGGCAACGAUAGAGAGAGGAUGCUGAAGUCCAGAGCACUACCGGAGGAUUUUGACACAAGUCAAGUCCUUCGGUCCCCAUUUGAUGGCAAGUCUUCCCCGGAAACUGCCAUGUCGUCUCCCCGGAACUUUAUGUCCCCAAACAACAACAACAACAACAACAACAACAACAACAACAACAACAACAACAACAACAACAACAACAACAACAACAACAACAACAACAACAACAACAACAAUUAA